GAAGAGUUCUGCAAAAUGAAUAACUGACAAGAACCUUCAUUUGACUUUAAACUAAUUGUCAUUAAACUAUUUAUGAAGCAUUAAUGAUUCAAAGCACACAAGGCUUUCUUCAUUGGGGUACAUAUUUGUUUGUCGACAUGCUGGACAAGAUAAAUCUAACGUAAGUCCUUGGUUUGAGAUAUCAUCAAAAUAAAUCACCUUAACGUAGAUAAAAAUCGAUGUAUUUCUUUGGGGAGAGUAAAGCUAGCCAUAGCUUAUGACAAUACCUCACGAAACCAGUACAAAUAAUGGAUGAAGACGUAGAAACAAGAAAAUUAUUGGAAAACGAAGAUAACGUAGAAAGUGGAAAACAAUCACAAAAGCCAUGGUUUUAUUUACCAAGCAGUAACGAAAGAAUAGAUGACGAAAAAAGCAACGAUGGUGACGAAAGAAAAGAUGAAAUAUCCUCAAUGCACCUUUUCAACAUAUGCAAUGGUAAUUUAGGAACGGGAAUCCUAGCUAUGCCCUUCGUCAUUCGUCUUGCUGGAUCUUGGGGAGUUGUCAUCAUAAUUUUCAUCGGCUUCCUGGGCAAUUACACAGGAAAGAUUCUCAUAGAUUGCAUGUACGACAUAGAGCCCUCAGACGGACGUCGUAAAAGAGUACGGCAUACUUAUCCUCAGAUUGGCGAAGCCUUCAACCAUACAUAUGGCACAUUCAUGGUCCAUAUAGCAAAUUGUUUUGAUCAGUUUUCUCAUUGUGCUCUGUUCCUCAUAAUGAUAGGCAUGGUCAUGAAACAUGCAUUUCCUAGCAUCCCAUUAUCGGAAAGCGAAUGGACUUUAAUUAUUGGCAUCCUUAUUCUUCCCGCCAUAUUCAUACGUAAGAUGACGCAUUUGGCGUGGUUGGGUACGCUGACCGCAUGGGUUUCUAUCGCAAUUUCAAUAGUCGUACUGAUCUAUAGUUUUACCAAGUGGGGAGUCUGGACAACAACGAUGCCGCCAUUCAAAAUUAAAACUGUUCCUAUAGCAAUCGGUGUUGUCAUGGUAAGUUAUUCGUCAGCGGCAUACUUGCCAAAAAUGGAGAUGGCGAUGAGGUAUCCGGAGGAAUUCGGUAGUAUAAUGAAUUUUAGUUACAGCGUGGUGACAUUUUGGAAAUUGUUCUGUGGUGUCGUUAUAUACAUGACAUUCAAUGAAGAAACAGAUCAGAUUGUCGCUUUGAAUCUCCCUCAUGGUCCUUUCAGGGGAGUAGUUUGCGUUUCGGUAGUAAUACUCGCCCUAUUCUUCUUCACAGUACCGGCCUUCACCAUUUUCGACAUCGUUGAAAACCAUCUGCAGAUUCCUUGGCUUGCCUUCAAUUACACAAAUGAAAAGAGAGUGAUCAUUUCAGGUUUCCUGCUUCGCUUCUUUCUCAUGUUGUUUACAUUGAUUCUGGCAGUUUCCGUACCACAUUUUAGUUUGCUAAUGGCGUUCGUUGGCUGUUCUACUGGUAUGAUACUAGUUCUCGUAUAUCCCUGCAUGUUUCAUUUGAAGAUCCGCUGGUCAGAUUUAAAAGCAUUCGACGUUGCCGCGGAGCUUUUCGUGAUAGGCUUCGCGGUGAUUGGUGGAGCUCUUGGUAUAAUAUAUUCAUCGCUUGCUCUCUACACCGUGUAUAAUGAAACCUAAUGCUUUGCAUCGAUAACAGAUAUUUCAACAAAGGCAAAAUAAACCAUUGCGCAAAGCAUAAACUUGUGAAAGCAGACUAACACUACCGCAGUAGCUAAAUAGAUACCGUUAAUCUCUUCAGAUCAAAACAGUGUUGACUAAAUUAUAGACAAGAAAGGUCCAAUGAAUACUGUACAGUUUGCAGUAAGCAAAUAAGUCAAUUUAACAAAAAUUUAACUUCAGUAAGUUAAGACUAAUGACGUACCUAGCUCGAUAAUUGGCGAAGAAUACUUAUAAAUGCAUGUUACAAUCCAAUAUUUAAAAAGAAAUAAACACGUCGAAAUAUGAA